CGCGGCAUGGAGAACAUGCUGGGCAAGGAAUUCAACGUGCGCUCCAUUGGGAAGGACGGUAGCAUCUAUCUUCCAUCGCCCGACGGAAGCGAGGGUGGAGUAUGGACCUUUCCGCCUGGCGCGGCAAAGCUGAAGGUGUCGCUUACUCUUCCCAUUGACGAGUUUCUGCAUUUGGCCGAAAAGAAGGAGAAGGCCUGCUCUUCUGCGAAGGAGAAGAAGGACUAUGGAGACAGCAGUCAUGGAGUCAUGUCUGAUAAUUCGGACUCGGCCCUCUCUGGCUAUGAUCGCCCUGUUGGCGCCCCUGACGUGGACAAGACUCUGACGCGGAACCGCAUGGGGUACUUCAUAUGCUUCGACGUGUCCGAUGACAGCAUGGCAUCUUUGAAAGAGGCGAUGGCUGUGCACAAGAUGCUUUCCGAAAGUUUGGAGAAGGCGCAGACCUGGAGCCGGCACGCUUUGUCACCUCACAUCUGGCUCGUCGGCUGCAAGUCCGACAAAGCCAACAGCGACGAGGAUGUGAGGAAGAAUCGCACGCAUGCAGAUGCCUACGCUGAGCAGCACGACCUGAUUUGCAGAGUCACGUCCGCAAGACAGCACAAAGGUGUGAAUGAAGUCUUUGUGGAAAUGCUCCAGGCCAUCAGUUCUCGCACGAAUCUUUGGACCCUGGACGGCGACAUCAAUGAGGACGAAGAAGAUGAAGAUGCCUCUGGAUGCUUUUCGCAGUGAUGAUGAGAGAAACUGCCGCGCACGGCUGAACAGCGGCUGUGCAGUGUUGGCGUUUGGGAGAUUUGUGCCAGGUCUGUGUUUUCGCCUUGAGUCACCAGCUAUUCUUGUUUUCACACUUCACGCUCUAGAUCACGCGGGCAAAGCUUGGCCGGCUGG